AUGUGAUGAGUUGUCUUUGAAUCUUUGGUAACAAUUGAUUACAAUUAAUUACAAUCAAUUUGGAUUUAAUUGAUAUUUUCUCUUUCAAGUCCAUUGAUUAGUUGGUUUUCUUUUCUGUCUUGCAUUUGUGUUGUGUUUACUUCUACUCUUUGGAUAAGAGAACAACCGAAAAAAUAAUCCAGAGAAUAAUUUUAUUUUUAUUUUUCUUUUUUUUUUCUCUUCUAAUGUUGUUAAUUACUGUCAUUGAUUAUUGUCUUUGAUUAUCAUCGUUAGAUGUUUGAUUCCAUUUGGUGAUUAUGCUGAUUGAUUUUCUCUGUGAUUUUGUGUAGUCAUCAGAAUAAAGCGAAUUGUUGAAUUUGGUAACUUGAGGCCCUAACCUGAAAUAGAAGAUGAAGAUUUUCCUAUUCAAUUUCAUCUAUUUAAGUAACUUAAUUAUUAUUCAAUUGUGUCAAUUGCCCUUGUUAACAUUUGCUGCUGAUAAGCCUUCGUCUAUUAAACGUGAUUUGAGUUCAGAUGAAGUGUCCGGUGGAUCAGAAUUCGAUGCCAUUAAUCGAGCUAAAUCUUCACAAAAAGACCACGAGAAAGAAGCUUUUGACAAUUUCAAAGCUUUGAAUGACUUUUAUUAUAAAAUCAAUUGGAAUGGUCCAUACAAAUCAACUGGAGAUUCUAAAGAUUCUCCUUCUAGUUCAUCAUCUCAAGUUCCAAUAUCUGAAGAAAAAGAUUCUCUCACAAUAACUACACCCAACAAGGAACAGUAUAAAUGUUUUCUUCCUAGAAACAAACCAAAAAAUGAGAUUGAAAGCAAAGAAGAUCAAGCAAACAGUUUGGAUCCUUACCAAUUAUUAUUGCCCCUUUUUACGCGAGAAAUUUGCUCAUUCCGAUUAGAACCUUAUUGGAGUUAUGAACUUUGUCAUGGGAAAUUCAUUCGCCAAUUCCAUGAAGAAAGUUCCUCACAAAAGACUUAUUCACAAGAAUAUUAUUUGGGUAAAUUUGAUCUCAAUGAAAGGAAAGAAAAUGAACUUGGAUUCACCCAAAUGGAGGAGAAUUGGAAUAAAGGAAAAAAUGGCAGACCAACAGUUCUAAUUGAAGGUGUUGCCACUCCUUAUAUCGAAAUAAAUAUGACCGGUGGUACAACUUGCGAUCUCAACAAUCGACCUCGAUUCACUCGAGUUCUUUACGUUUGCAAUGAUGAAGCUCGAAAUGAAUUGUCUUCCAUCAAAGAGACUUACACAUGUGAAUAUGAGGCCAUCGUUCUCACUCCACUUCUUUGUAUUCAUCCCGAUUUUCGAAAUGAUGCAAUUACCGAAGAAUCGAUUGAUUGUUAUUCUCUCGGAGAUUCACCAAUUAAACCCAAAGGAUAUGUGGAAUACGAAGUCGAGAAUCGAACCGAAUUAAUGAAAAACUCACCGAAUAUCGACAGUUCGAAGAUACAAUUUGAAAUUCACAAAUUGGAUUUGACUAAUGACGAAAGUAAGGAAAUCAAAGGAGAUUUUUUUCUCAACAAUGAACCAACAUUCGAUUCUAAAUUGUUGAGAGAUUUUCUCACUGGUGAUUAUUGUCUUCAUGGUGGGACUGAUUGGUGGAAAUACGAGUUUUGCUAUGGACAUAAAAUUGAACAAUAUCAUGAAGAAAAAGGAGAAAAGAAAUCAAAAAUUUUAUUAGGAAAAUGGAAUUUGGAAAAUCACAUCGAUUGGUUGAUUAAAAACCCGAACCGAAAACCGAACAAACAAAAAACACUGAAACAAGUUUCUCAUCAUUAUGGAAAUGGUGAUGUUUGUGAUCUAACAGGAAAACCUCGUCAAGUAGAAGUUAAAUUAAAAUGCGCUUUUCUCGGUGGUGAUCCAGAAUCUGUUUCUUUGUAUUUAAUUGAACCAAAAUCUUGUGAAUAUAUUUUAGGAGUCGAAUCGCCGUUGAUUUGUCAUCUUCUGAGUACAAUUGAUGAAAAUGGAAUCAUGAAUCACCCAGAUGAUAAUUCUGAUUAAUUGGAAUCUAUUUUUUCUCGUCAACAUUUGAAAUUAUCUAAUUACAAUUGUAACAUAACCAACGCUCCAUUAUAUAUAUUUUUCAAUUUACCAAUAAUAAGCAUACGCAAUUGAAACAAUCAAUUGUUUCAAUUUAUGUUUAUAAUUCACUUUAUUGUUUAAUCUAGAUAACAAUCAACUGUUAUCGGUUGGACAAAUGUUGCUCAUUUUAUAUUAAAUUGUAAAUCAUUUCCACAGGUAUUAUUAUCAUUAAAGCUCAAUUCACAUUUCAAGUGGCUUAGUAAACAAA